AUGCAGCUUGAAGGAGGCGGACUUCACAUCCCGGACUGGUUUUCAGGCGGGAUAUACGAAGCGCUCGGAACACUGGCAAUAUCCGUUUUCGAGAACGAGAGUUUUCGUGGAGUCCACAAGCAUCAAUGGUGGAAGGAGCAGCGCCCUUUGAUCGUUGGGACCAUGCAAAAUUACGAUGUGAAUAUUCUGCAGUGGACACAGUCGCAGCUGGCAGGUCGCUUGCAAAACCUCAUCGGAAGGCCGCCAUUCAUCGGGACCGACGACAAAGGAAGACCACUGUUUACGGACCAGCAAGUCUUGGAUGCGAUACCGCCUGUGCCCGUAGCCCACUCUCGUGCUGGGCUAUUCCUCUGGAUGAAUUCUGCACUCGCUGCUAGACCUUUGACUGAUGACAUGGAUGUGCUGAGCUACCUUCACGCCCGAUAUUCGGGCAAUAUGCAAUCUGCAAUAGUCGACCUCUUAGUGGCUUCCUUUGACAAUUUGACCAACUCGAUGCUACGCAAAGAGCCGCGUCAGAGUGUGAAAGUCAUCCGAUCCUUCAUCUGCAACAAAGUCCCCGUCUUGAUCUCAAUGCUUUCGGGAUCAAUUGCACCGCCAAUGACUGCCGAAGCAUGCAUUCAGAUGGCAAUGGCGCCAGGGGGUUUGAUUUCCAUGAAUCCGCUGCCACCCAUCAGCGCUGGCGCCUCGGAUGUUCAGGAGAGUCUAAAACACACCCGUUUGGAAUUCCUCCAGGCGUGUGCAUUGCACGGGCUGGUCACAGAAAAUACAAUCGCAACCAUCCUGCACGAAGCCAUAGCACUCCCGCGGGUGACAAAGUACAGCAAGGACGGUCUGGUGUCUCAAUGUGCCAACAACGUCAGCCGUAUGGAAGCAAUAAUUGACGAUCUAGGUGGCAUGCAAGGAAACUCCGGAGCGAUCGCUGGCUGUAUUGUACAAACGAUUGGUAAUCUAUGCAUGACCAAAGAUACCAUGUCUCUGAAGACGGUCUGCAAUGAGCUGGUCAAGCGAAUGCCUUUGAUGGAUAUCAUCAUGCAGUAUACAGAGCCAGUGCACUUGCUACUGCCGCUAUGUAAUCUCCUGGACGGAUGGGUCCACGAUCAGGAUCAAACAGAGUUCACGCCAUCUUACGAGGAAUUUGCCUCCAUUCUAUUGCUGACUCUGGCCGUCAUGCACCGCUACAGCAUACCAUCGGCAUCACUAGGGCUGAUCGGCGAUAAUUUCGUCGUCCGGCUUCUGGACGAGAUGUCUAGCAGCAAGUCUCCUUCAGACAUGACAACGGAGCAGGCCUCGCAGCUCGAGAAAUGGAUCGAAGGCUUAUUCGCUGUCGACGAGCACGGCGAGACUAGUGGAAUCGGCGACGAAGUAAUGCGGCAGUGCUCCCCUCGAGACUUCUAUCUCUUAGUUCCGACGCUAUUCGAGCAAAGUGUCCUCGCAUGUCGCUAUAACGCUCUUUCUUCUGAGAGCUUCAGAGGCGGAUUGGAGCUGUUACUCGAACCGUUCCUCCUGCCAUCCCUGAUUAUGGGGUUAGGCUGGCUGGCAGAGCAUUCUUGGGAGGACCACAACGAUGUCGAAGUACUGCUCCAAGUGCUGGAGAAGCUGCUGAAGCCGUCGAGUAGCUCCCAGGAAACGCAGGCCAUGCACCGGGCGAUCCUUGGCAUGGUUGCUACACCUUUGUACAAUUCUCUGCAGGAACUGCAUCGGCAAAGACCCGAGAAGAAAAAGGCAGCAGAGCUGAGUGAUUUGCYGAGGUCUCACCUCAACCAGCAGCGCAAUUUGCACUGCAGCCGGGCCGAGAUGGACGAGUACAUGCAGGAUGGGACUUUGAACAAUCGUAUCCGCCGCAGUAUCYAGGAAUUAGUUCGUUGGGCGUCGACUACAACGAGUCCGCCCGACCCACCUCCAAGAUAUGCUCACAAAAUGUUUGCAUUAGCUUGCCAAAUUGUGGAUGUGGAGGUCCUCUUGGAUACCAUAAUUGAAGAGCUAGCGAGCACUCCUUCUGCGAACAUGCCAGUCGCACUUGAUGUCUGCACGGCCAUGAUAUGCGCUCCUGCUGCGGGUUCCAUCGCACAGCAGAAAAAUCACUCGGCUGGAGUGACAGCGAGGCUCCGCAACAAAGUUCGUCUCAUCCCAUCCAAUGUUCCGGCACUUCUUGGGAAACCAAAGGCUCAUGCCCAGGCACUUGUAAAUCUGAGUCGGCAGGUGGAAUCGCAACUUGCAAUCGCUCAAAUGCCUCCAAUGUCAAUACCGAUGCAAUUGCAAGAGCAGGCUGCGGACCAGAUGAUGCAAGACCUUGGACUUGACCUUCCAGCGGACAUUUCCAAUGUUGCAUCUGAUGGCAAGAUAGAUCUUGCGGGUCUCGAACAGCAGAUGGACUUCUCGAAUGCAGCUUUAUCAAAUGCCACAGUACGACAGAUGGAAACAAUGGCGGCGGAAAAUGGCGCGAUGGAGCUAGAUCAAGCGCWAAUACUCGGCAGUCUGAACAUGGACCUUAAGAACGACCAGCAGCUACACUUGCCAAACGCAGAAGAAGACAUCUUUGCAGGCCUGGAUAUGGACCUUGGAGACGAUGAUUUUAAUUUUGGUUGA